AUGGUAAACAGCGGUGUUUUAACUGACAAACCAUCAGCGCAGGCGGCAGAACUAGAGGCUCUCUGCGCCGCCUUGGAGUUUGCUAAAGGUAAAUCUGUAAAUAUUUACUCCGACUCUGCGUAUGCUACUCAGGCUGUCCAUUUCAACCUCUCCGAGUGGAAAAGAAACGGCUUCUUGACUGCUAAAGGCCGACCCAUCACACAUAGAGCCCUGGUGGAGAGGCUGGACAGCGCUCUCCAGCUUCCAAAACAGGUAAGCGUCAUCAAGUGCCAAGGGCACUCCAAGUCAGACAACUUUGAGGCCAGGGGAAACGAGGCAGCGGAUGAGGCCACAAAGAAAGCUGCCAACUACAAGGUCAGUACUCCAGGAGUGUUUGUGGUUCGGGACGAGGGGCCAGACCUGGCAGACUGCCUGCCCGAUCUGUCCCUUCAGGUUUUAGCUGAAGCCCAAACAAAAGCAGCUCCUGAAGAAAUAUCCAUGUGGGUUCAAAAACGGGCAAAGAAGGAUCCAGAUACUGGCAUCUGGUACGGCCCUGAUGGCCGCCCCGCCCUGCCCAUGGGGGACCUCUCACGAGCGGCUUUAUCUGAGGCACAUGGGCUAGCCCAUGUGGGUGCGCAGGAAAGCGGUACUUGUUGGUCAUCACUGACACCUUUACGGGAUGGCCUGAGGCAUAUCCUGCUGCAAAGGAGGAUGCUGCCUCCGUAA